UUAAUGAAUGAUAAAAUGUCUUUUUUUUUUCCCCUUUCCUGUAUCUUUGUGUGCUUAUGACUUUGCCUCUCGGGCUUUUCAGCAACUAGGUCAAACAUAGCCUUGGCCCCUGGUGUAAACAAGAUGUGACACAGCAACAGCUGGGGCCCAGGAUGCAGCAGCGACUGCUGAUGCCAAGAGAGCCAAUAGAAGCAGAUUGAAAAACCUUUGUGCUCCUGAGUACAGCGCAGUCAGUGAAUAUAACUGAGGUGACAUCUGUAUCUACGACUCAGCCCGGCGUCUUUAAAGACAGCCCACCGCUGGUUCCAACAGCUGCAACCCUGUAAUUGGCCGAGUCCCCUCAUAACCUGAUGUUAGCUAACAGCACAUGUUGAAUGUAGACGAACAUGUCUGUAAAAACAGCCGUGCGCCAGUUUCCUGGGGAGCAUAGUUAGAUAGUUGUGUCUUCAGAGGGUCACUGCAACCACAUGAAGUCACAAUGACUGCAGAGACGGAAAAAACAGCAGGCAGAAGCAAUCCGCUGGCACAUUCCAGCUGUUUAUCAAGGCUUUUCUUGUGCUGGUUAACUCCUUUGCUACGCUUGGGCCACAAGCAGACACUUGAGGAAAAUGACAUGUACUGUGUUCUUCCUGAGGAUCGCUCUGAAAGACUAGGAGAGGAGCUGCAGAGUUUCUGGGACCACGAGGUUAAGAGGGCUAAAAGGGACCUUCAGAAACCCAGACUCACCAGAGUUCUCAUAAAGUCUUACGGACAGACAUAUGCAGUGGUUGGACUUUUAGCGUUAUCAUUGGAAGCCAUUAAAGUUAUCCAGCCACUUCUUAUGGGGAAGAUCAUCUUUUUCUUUGAGAACUAUGACCCACAAGACAAGCAGAGUCUUUGGCUGGCGUAUGGUUAUGCUGCUGUGAUGUCCCUGUCCACGUUUGGUCUGACCCUCCUUCAACAUGUCUACUACUACCACAUCCAAAGAACUGGCAUGAAGAUUAGAGUUGCUGUGUGUCACAUGAUAUACAAGAAGGCUGUCAGUCUUAGCAGUGAGGCUAUGGCGCAAACAACCACCGGACAGAUUGUAAAUCUCCUGUCAAAUGAUGCCAACCGCUUUGAUGAGAUUCUGCUCAAUCUGCAUUACCUGUGGCUGGGACCUCUGCAGGCCGCGGUCAUCAUCUUCUUCCUUUGGUAUGAGAUUGGGCCCUCGUGUAUGGCCGGUGUCGCAGUCGUUACCCUUAUGUUGCCUGUACAGACCUGGUUUGGAAAACUCUUUGGAGUCUUUAGGAGUAAAACAGCAGUCCUGACAGAUAACAGAAUCCGCAUCAUGAAUGAGGUGGUGUCUGGCAUCAGGAUUAUCAAGAUGUAUGCGUGGGAAAAACCAUUCUCAGCUCUCCUAACUGAAGUGAGGAGGAAAGAAAUCAGUCAGAUCAUGAAGAGCUCUUACCUACGAGGCCUCAACAUGGCCACAUUUUUUGCCAGCAGCAAAAUUAUCGUCUUUGUUACCUUCACCGUUUACGCUCUCCUGGGAAACACCAUCAACGCCAGCAGUGUGUUCGUCACUGUGUCCCUCUACGGUACAAUCAAGCUGACUGUCACGCUUUUCUUCCCCCUCGCUGUCGAGAAGCUGUCAGAGACUAUAGUCAGCGUUCGUAGGAUUGAGACAUUCCUCCUGCUGGAUGAGGUCGGCAGUAGGCAUUCAGUGCUACCUCUGGAGGAGAUAAAACACCCUGUUGAGUUCCAUAAAUUGACCUGCUACUGGGAUAAGAGUAUGGAUGCUCCGUCUCUGCAGAAUGUCUCCUUCACUGUGAAGUCACGUCAACUCUUGGCUGUAAUUGGACCAGUGGGCGCAGGAAAGUCAUCUCUUCUGAGUGCCAUUCUGGGGGAGCUACCUCACGACUCGGGGGAGGUGAAAGUCAAAGGUCAGCUCACUUAUGCCUCCCAGCAGCCCUGGGUGUUUCCUGGAACCAUCCGCAGUAACAUCCUGUUUGGGAAAGAGCUGAACCCCCAGAAGUAUGAGCAAGUCCUCAGAGCCUGUGCCUUAAAGAAGGACCUGGAGCUGCUCCCAGAUGGAGACCUGACGCUCAUUGGAGACAGAGGAGCAACCCUUAGCGGAGGCCAGAAGGCUCGUGUUAACCUGGCUAGAGCUGUGUAUCAGGAUGCUGAUAUCUACCUCCUGGAUGACCCUUUAAGUGCAGUGGAUGCUGAAGUUGGGAGACAUCUUUUUGAACAGUGCAUCUGUGGACUUUUGAAGAACAAGUGUCGUAUCCUGGUCACUCAUCAGCUGCAGUAUCUGAAAGCUGCAGACCACAUUCUGGUCCUUAAGGAGGGUCAUAUUAUGGCAGAGGGGACCUACAGCAAGCUGGAAGGCUCUGGCUUUGAUAUUGUGUCUCUUGUGAGAAGUGAUGAGGAGCAGGAUCGAUGGUCUCGAAACGCUGACCUAGAGCAGCUUUCGUUACGGAGCACGAAAACAAACCGCUCUCGCAACUCUCGCAACUCUCACUGCUCUGUCAGCAGCCUCCUACCACCAGAGGGCGCUGGCACUGACCACCUACCAGCUGAAGCUGUGCGUACGAUGGCAGAGGAGGCUCGGGUUGAAGGAAACGUCGGUAGCCACGUUUAUGUAAAAUACUUCACUACAGGAUGCAGCUACAUGGUUUUACUCAUCAUAGUGCUACUCAGUAUCAUAGCUGAGGUUGCGUACAUCUUGCAGGACUGGUGGUUAGUGUACUGGGCAAAACAGCAAGUUUUUAACAGCACAACCAGUGUUGUUGACAGCAGAAAUGGCAUUAAUGUUACUCCCUCUGACGAAGACUUGGGUCUCAAUUUUUACCUUGGCAUAUAUACUGGUUUAACAGUAGCUGCUGUAGUAUUUGGUUAUGCCAGGAGUUUAGUGAUCUUUCAUGGGUUGGUGAGAUCAGCUCAGACUCUUCAUAACAACAUGUUCAGUGCUGUCCUCCGCACACCGGUGCGCUUCUUCGACGUCAACCCCAUCGGAAGAAUUCUGAACAGGUUUUCUAAAGACAUUGGUCAGGUGGACUCUCUGCUACCUAUAACCUUUGUGGACUUCUAUCAACUAUUUUUGCAGAAUGUCGGUGUUGUAGCUGUGGCGGCCUCCGUCAUACCUCUCAUCCUCAUCCCGGUCAUCCCUCUGCUGUUCAUCUUCAUGUAUUUGAGGCGUUUCUACCUCCACACAUCACGUGACAUCAAACGUCUUGAGUCUAUAACUCGGAGUCCUGUCUUCUCCCAUCUGUCCUCAUCUCUUCAGGGAUUAUAUACGAUCCGAGCCUUUAAAGCUGGACCAAGGUUACAGAAAGCUUUUGAUGCUCAUCAAGACCUUCACUCAGAGGCCUGGUUUUUGUUCCUGAUGACCUCCCGCUGGUUUGCACUCCGUCUCGACAGCAUCUGCUCUGUAUUUAUCACCUUGACGACGUUUGGCAGCCUCCUGCUCAGAGAUGGGCUGCAGGCUGGAGAGGUGGGGCUGGUGCUGACGUAUGCCGUGACACUUGUAGGAAACUUCCAGUGGACUGUCAGGCAGAGCGCAGAGGUGGAAAACAUGAUGACAUCAGUGGAGAGAGUGGUGGAGUACACUGAACUAGAGAGUGAACCACCAUGGGAAACAGAGAAGAAACCUCCCCCUGAUUGGCCAAGUCGAGGCGUGGUGAGCUUUAACCGAGUCAACUUCUCCUACAGCGUGGACGGACCGCCAGUUCUCAAAGAUCUCAGCUUUACCCUCCAGUCUGGUGAGAAGGUCGGUAUUGUGGGGAGGACGGGUGCUGGAAAGAGCUCCAUGGUGUCAGCUCUCUUCCGCCUGUCAGAGCCUAAAGGAAAAAUCUGCAUCGAUGGUAUUUGUAUCUCUGACAUUGGCCUCCAUGACCUGCGGCAGAAGAUGUCCAUCAUUCCUCAGGAUCCUGUGCUUUUUACUGACACUGUGAGGAAAAACCUGGACCCUUUCCACCAACACACUGAUGAAGACCUGUGGAACGCCCUGCAAGAGGUCCAGCUGAAGUCUGUGGUGGAGGAGCUGCCAGGGAAACUGGAGACAGUUCUGGCGGAGUCGGGCUCCAACUUCAGCGUGGGUCAGAGGCAACUGGUGUGUCUGGCCAGAGCCAUUCUGAGGAAGAACCGCAUCCUUGUCAUCGAUGAGGCCACAGCCAACGUAGACCCAAGGACAGAUGAGUUAAUCCAGAAGACUAUACGAGAAAAAUUUAAAGAAUGUACUGUUCUCACAAUCGCCCAUCGUCUCAACACCAUCAUCGACAGUAACCGUAUACUGGUGCUGGACAAUGGUACCAUCCAAGAAUUGGAUCAUCCCUUCAUGCUGCUCCAAAAUAAAGAAGGUUUUUUCUACCACAUGGUUCAACAGACAGGUCCAGCUGAGGCUGCAGUGCUGAUGGAGGCAGCCAGGCAGGCGACACAACACUGUGGACACCCUGAGGCAGUUAAAGGAUGAUGGAUCCAGAUGUUGUGACUGACCAGCUAAACUCUCCAAAGAUAUCGGUGUUACAGUUUUAUCAAAACCAGACUCAGACGACAUCAGAAAAUCCUUUGUCUACAGGUGAACUGACUCUGUGCCACAGGAUUAUUUCAUCAUAUUCCGCCAAAGGGUCCAUUGGUUGAAUUGAUUCUUCCAACAUGUCAAUAUACUGGAGGUCUGCAUUUGUAGUUUAGGUGUUUGAUAAAUACAUGAUAAGUCUAGUUGCAUGUCAGGUAAAAUCAGAGCGGGCUUUCAGAGCUGCAGGGGAUACAACUGUCUGCUUGAACAGAGGGAGUUAUGUCAGAAAUGGAACCACACCAGUCAAGGUGGUAAAGCGAUGUCAGUUUGGCUCACACAGAAAAUGUUUUGAAUUCCUUUAGUGUGUGAUUUACCUGUGGUUGAAACCAGAGCAAGAAUAUGAUCUAGUUUGUCUCGAAUGCAUCAAUUGUGCUGCCUGUUUCUGCUUGGUAUAAUUUGUUGCUGCGAUCCCAAGGAAGUUCAGUCUAACCUUCAGAGUUGAUCUUAGUAUCAUAUCAUUUGUUUAUUUGUAUCUGAUAAGAAUGUUUGUAAGCAUGGUUCAUUGUUGCUUGGCUGUUUUUGGAUGUGUUUGGUCUUCACUGCCUCAACACGCUGUUGUGAGUCGAAUAGUUCAAUGUGUUACUAUAGAGUAUCUGUGACAUGGGCGACCAAUAAGCACACUCAUACAAAUGUUAUAAUGCUGUGUUCCAAGGAUGAUAGGUUUGUUUUUUCAGAGUUAUAAUAAUGGAUUCGAUUUCUAUAGCACUUUUACAUUAUUGAUCCAGUGUUACACCAGUGUGAGUGAAGUGUCUUGCCAAGGAUACAACAGCACAAAACUCGGACAGAGCUGGAUUCGAACCGCCAACCCUUCAGGUAUUGGACGACCAGCCCAACCUCCUUAGCCAUGGCCACCCCAAAAUGCUGUUUCUCAUACAUUAGUCGGUUUUCUUCCUGAGAUGCAGGAUACAAACAGGAUUUAUACUAAAACAAAAGGACUUUAUUUUAUCUAAGGGCACAUAAACACUAUUUUCAGACAGAUUUAAAUGAACAGGCCUGUUUACAGCAUUGUGACAAUAUGUUUUCCUGCAAAUCCAUGAAGGUUUAAAGAGGGUUCAUCUCAUAAAGUAAUCACCCCAUCCUUUACCUUGUCGCAAAUAUUAGAAGCAACAAGUUUGAAGGAAAAAAAUAAAUACAUAAAAGGCUCACAAAACAAAAUACAGUGCUGCAGGAGAAGUAGAUAAUGUUCCACCACUAUCAGCAGUGUUAGUAUUGUAGGAUUUGGUUCAGUUUAUUUUAGCAUAAGGGUCAGUCCAUCUCAGUUCACCCAAUGAGUUAAAUCCCACCUCCUCCAAUUUUGAUUAAAUUGGGUGUAUGGGUACUUGGAAAACAUCAGUUUGAGACACUGUGUAAGGAACAUUCUAUCACCAAACUCCUCUGAGACCUCCUCCACCAAAUCAGUGUGAACAUUGAUUAGAAUCUGGGCUUGUUUAGACCUUAAUUCUACAGUCACACAAACUCUUCUGAGAACUCCUCUACUAAAUCAAUAAUCAAUAAUUAUUAGAAACUGAACUGCGGUGUAAAUAUUGAUUAGAAUCUGGGCUUGUUAAGACCUGUCAAAAAUGCAAAGUGAUACCACAGCUGGACACAGCACAUGUACGCUCUGUAUGCACGUCUUCUGCACUCUUAAUACACAGAAUUUACUAGGAGUCUUGAGGCAGGCAUAUAUUCUAUCUUAAUUUUUGUAUAAAAAAGAAAACCCCUCCAUUUUUUAUAUGUUGUAGUUAACACAUAAGGCUGCAUUUUUCUUAAUGGUGGCAAACAAGUCGGGCGUGUCCCACAGUGUCAGUUUCUUUUUUUAUAACUUUAUAUUUAUAAUUUGAUUUCUGUACAAAACAAACAUAAGGGACAUUUGGGAUACACUGACUAUAAUAAACCUUUGUGACGAACAACUGCUUUUAGUAAUGUGACGAUGAAAUGAAAAUUAUCCAUUUCUUCCAUUUAUCAUGACACUGUUCUUCUCGAGUCCUCAAUCUAUGGGUCAGAAUCUCCAUCUCAAAUAUUCCAUUAACAAUUUGUAUCUAGUCGUUAGCUGUAGGUGGUUCUAAUCUGCACCAUUUUUUGGUGAUAGCCUUUUUACAGGCUGCUAAUUGUAUUUUAAACAAAUAUCAUCAUUUUUUCUAACAUUAUUACCAAUAAUGCAUCCAAAAUAC